AUGUCGUCUGAUUUACCGAUGAACCCUCAAUUGGAGCAGAUCCAUGGAGAAAUCCGUGACCAUUUCCGUGCCCUCGCGAAUGGUUUUCAGAGGUUGGAUAAGAUCAGGGAUUCAACUAGACAAAGCAAGCAACUUGAAGAACUUGCAGAGAAGAUGAGAGAGUGUAAAAGGUUGGUUAAGGAGUUUGAUCGUGAACUCAAAGAUGGGGAAGCUCGAAAUUCUCCUGAAGUACAUAAGCAAUUGAAUGAUGAGAAACAAUCUAUGAUUAAGGAACUCAACUCUUAUGUUGCACUAAGAAAAACGUACUUAAAUACCCUCGGCAACAAGAAAGUUGAACUUUUUGAUACGGGAGCUGGAGUCAGCAGUGAACCCACAGCGGAAGAAAACAUCCAAAUGGCUUCAUCAAUGUCAAACCAAGAGCUUAUCAAUGCUGGUACGCAAAGGAUGGACGAGACUGACCAGGCUAUUGAACGCUCUAAACAGGUUGUGCAUCAGACAAUUGAAAUGGGCAACCAAACCGCAUCUAAUUUAAAGGGACAGACGGAUCAAAUGGGCCGUGUUGUUAACGACCUAGACACGAUUCAAUUCUCUAUCAAGAAAGCCUCGCAGCUGGUGAAAGAGAUAGGGAGACAGGUAGCUACUGAUAAAUGCAUAAUGAUGUUCUUGUUUCUCAUUGUCUGUGGUGUUAUAGGCAUUAUCAUUGUGAAGAUCGUGAACCCAAACAACAAAGAUAUCAGAGAUAUUCCUGGAUUAGCUCCUCCAGCGCAAUCGAGAAAGCUACUGUACUUGAGGAACCCAUAG